GGAAGUUCCGGCCAGGGCCUCAUCUUUCUUCAUAACAAAGAAAGUGGCAGAAUUGUGCAGUAGAGACGAUUACUUUUGUCUCCUUUUCAAAUGGAUUGAUACAGGCCGACUCAGAUUAAGUCUGAGGCUGGUAACAUCAACAGUGAGGACAAACCCAGCCUGCCUCUCUCCUUCCACACUGAGUCCAAACCUAAAACCUACAGACACUGGGUCCUAAUUGUGACAGUGAGCCCAGUUUGCACUGCAGGAUCCAGAGAUGGCAUCAGUGAAGUUGGAAGACUGCAGUCAAACACUGGAGCUGAAUGUCAACAUUAAAGAUGAAGAAGAGAAGAUUGGGAAAUCUGUUUCUCAUGGUCACCUUGAGACAUCCUCUACAUCCAGAGAGCAGAAGCAGGAAGAUCACAGAGCUAAGAGGUUUCACCACUGCCCACAUUGUGAGGAGAUUUUCCCAUAUCUAUCAAAGCUAAAAAUACACCUAAAAAAACACACAGGAGAGAAUCUAUAUUCCUGUACUGACUGUGAGAAAAGAUUCACAACAUCACAUUCUCUGACAGUUCAUCAGAGAGUGCACACAGGUGAGAAGCCUUACUCCUGCUCUGCCUGUGGGGGGAGAUUCUCUCGACGGAGCCACUUAAAGAGACACCAACAUAUACACACAGGACAGAAGCCUUACUCUUGCUCUGACUGUGGAAAAUGCUUCGCAACAUCAUCUGACCUAACAGUUCACCAGAGAACACACACAGGAGAGAAGCCUUUUUCUUGCUCUGACUGUGGGGGGAGAUUCUCUCAACUGAGCAGUUUAAAAAAACACCAACAUAUACACACAGGAGAGAAGCCUUACUUCUGCUCUGACUGUGGGAAGAGUUUCUCCCUAUUGGAUACCUUAAAAGCACAUGCACGUAUACAUACAGGAGAGAAGCCUUACUCCUGCUCUGACUGUGGGAAGAGGUUCUCUCAACGGAGCAACUUAAAAAUACACCAACGUUUACAUAAAGGAGAAAAGCCUUAUUCCUGUUCGGACUGUGAAAAGAGUUUCUCCCAAUUGGAUAAGUUAAAUAGUCACCAGCGAAUACAUACAGGGGAGAAGCCUUACUUCUGCUCUGACUGUGGGACUUGUUUCAGCCAAAUUGAUACGUUAAAAUGUCACCAGCGAAUACAUACAGGAGAGAAGCCUUACUCUUGCUCUGACUGUGGGCAGAGUUUCUCUCAACACAGCAGCUUAAAGAAACACCAACGUAUACACACAGGAGAGAAGCCAUACUCCUGCUCUGAAUGUGGGACGAGUUUCUCUCUACAGGACAGCUUGAAAUCACACCAACGUAUACACACAGGAGAGAAGCCUUACUUCUGCUCUGACUGUGGAAAGAAUUUCUCUCGACACAGCAGCUUAAAGAAACACCAGCGUAUACACACAGGAGAGAAGCCUUACAUCUGCUUUGAAUGUGGGAAGAGUUUUACAACAUCAAGUGCUCUGACAGUUCAUCAGAGAGUGCACACAGGAGAGAAGCCAUACUCCUGCUCUGACUGCGGGGGAAGUUACUCUCGACUUGGAAACUUAGAAACACACCAUCGUACACAUACAGGAGAGAAGCCUUACUCUUGUUCUGACUGUGGUAAAUGCUUCACAACAUCAAGUGCUCUGACUGUUCAUCAGAAAACACACACAGGAGAGAAGCACACCAACAGAUACACACAAGCCGAGAGUUUUGCAGAUUAAAAUCUUACGUUUUCGGUGGAUUGACAAUGGACCCGUAUUAAAGUAUCCUUUUUUUGGUAACAGUUCUCUCAAACCAGCUGUGAUUAAAGUCACUCCAUCACUUAAUUCUCAUUAAAGAAGUGGUAAGUGAAUUGGAUCAAAUGAAGAAAGUGUAGAACACUAUUGUAAUCCUGUUGUUUCUCACUGUGAGAGAACAAUGCAGAGGAAAAGGAGCAUUACAGAAUGUUAGCCUCUCUUUACUGAUCAGUGUGCAUCUUGUCAGUGUUGGUGUUUUGUUAGCGUCUACUGCAAAGAUAUUGAGAUGACCUUGGAUUGGCCCUUAGUGUUGAAUAUCCUCUUAGGUUUCUCUUGUUGAAACAAUGGAGUCUGAUGGUUGACUGGAUAGUACUGCUUCCCUCUGUAGUUUUCUGUUGGAAUGAGCAAGUACACACAGCAUGUAUGAGAUAGAGAUGGUGUGAUGAUCAGUUUUCAGCAUAUAUAUAUAUAUAGAGGAGCACAGUUAGCUCUGGAUAACAUGACAACAGCCUAACCAGCUAGGGCGAGUAAAAUGGUCAGUUGGGUGUCCUCUCAUUUGUGACUGGAUGUAGCUAGCAAGCAAGCCAAUUUUAGCCAGUUAGCUGUGGACGAUGCUGAAUGGGCAAAGAAGAGCUCUCCAGUAGGUACCAAAACAUUCAAAGGCCAUUUUCUCAGAAGUGAGGUUACAAGUAUCAAGUUAAUGGCCGAGCUGGUCGCCCGGCCAAACUGAGAUAUUGGGGGAGAAGGACCUUUGUCAGGGAGGUGACCAAGAACCCAAUGGUCACUCUGACAAAGCUCCAGAGUUCCUCUGUGGAGAUGGGAGAACCUUCCAGAAGGACAACCAUCUCUACAGCACUUUGCCAAUCAGCACAUGACUUCCCGCUUGGAGUUUGCCAAAAGGCACCUAAAGGACUCUGACCAUGACAAACAAGAUUCUCUGGUCUGAAUAAACCAAGAUUGAAUUCUUUGGCCUGAAUGCCAAGCUUCACAUCUGGAGGAAACCUGGCACCAGCCCUACGGUGAAGCGUGGUGGAAGCAGCAUCGUGCUGUGAGGAUGUUUUUCAACCGCAGAGACUGGGAGACUAGUCAGGAUCGAGGGAAAGAUGAAAAGUACAGAGAUCCUUGAUGAAAACCUGCUUCAGAACGCUCAGGACCUCCGUCUGGGGCGAAGGAUCACCUUCCAACAGGACAACACAGGGAUGGCUUCAGAACAAGUCUCAAUGUCCUUGAGUGGCCCAGCCAGAGCCCAGACUUGAACCCGAUCGAACAUCUCUGGAGAGACCUGAAAUUAGCUUUGCUGCGACGCUCCCCAUCCAACCCGACAGAGAUUGAGAGGAUCUGCAGAUAAGAAUGGGAUAAACUCACCAAAUACAGGUGUGCCAAGCUUGAAGUAUCAUAACCAGGAAGACUCAAGGCUGUAAACACUGCCGAAGGUGCUUCAACAGAGUAAAGGGUCUUAAUGUAUUUAACUAUUUUAUUUUUUUGCAAACAUUUCUAAAGACCCGUUUUUGCUUUGUCAUUAUGGGGUAUUGUGUGUAGAUUACGUAACGCAAAAUGUGGGAAAAAGUCUAGGUAACUGAAUACUUUCCGUGUGUGUGUGUGUGUGAUGUGGUUGCCUACCUUGUUCAGUUAAUAAAGUCAACGCAGUAUUAAGAUGAUCCAUAAUGGGUUAUGCAUAAUAA